AUGUUCAAGAGAACAAGCCGAAUCGUACGCCUUCCAAGGCCUUCGGUGUCUUUGAACCCACCUCAUCGUGCUGUGGCAACAUAUGCAACACCCAAUCCGCCGACAAGUACAUCCACACGCUCCGAAAUAUGCAACAAUAUCCAAGUGGAACGCAUAGCGGGAGGCUGUGGCGCCUUCAUCCACGACAUUGACCUCCGAGUCCUCACCAAGGACACAGCGAAGACAAUCCGACAAGCCCUCCUCGACAACCAAGUAAUCUUCUUCCGAAACCAACCCCUUUCCCCCCCAGAAUUCCUCCACUUCACCUCCUUCUUCGGAAAACCAGUCGAAUACCCCUUCGUCAAAGGCCUAGACGGCCAUCCCGAAGUGAUCCAAGUCCUCAAGAAAGAAACCGAAACAGGCGCCAACUUCGGCGGUGUCUGGCACAGCGACACAACUUACCUCCCGGAACCCCCGAUGGCAUCGAUCCUGCUCGCCAAAGAAGUCCCCUCCGUUGGCGGCGACACAUUAUGGUCCAAUCAAUACCAAGCCUACGAAUCGCUAUCCUCGGGCCUGAAAAGAACCCUCGACCCUCUGCUCUGCGUUCAAUCCUCGGCCAAAGCCGACGCAUCGAAGACGCGAGAAGACCGGAUCGCGGAUUCUGGACGGGAGACGGAGCAUAUGGAAAAAUUACAUCCUGUCGUACGAACGCAUCCUGAGACGGGACGGAGAGCUUUGUUCGUGAAUGUCGCGCAUACGACGAGAUUCGAGGGUUGGACGGAAGAUGAAAGUGCGGCUUUGUUACAGUUCUUGUUCAAACAUCAGGUCAAACCGGAGUUCACGUGUAGAUUGAGAUGGGAAGCCGGAACGAUUGCAUUUUGGGAUAACAGAUGUACGCAACAUUAUCCUCUGAAUGAUUAUCAUGGGUAUAGGAGAAGGAUGCAUAGAAUUACUCUCGCUGGAGAUAAACCCGUGUAG